AUGAACUCGGCCCUCGGCGAAUGGGCAAGCAAAGUUGAUGCCCCAGUUGUCAGUCCCGCAACGAGCGAUGGUGUUUCGAGCGAUAAGCGAUUGGCGCUCGAGCCAUCCGUAUCUGCCGCAGUAGGAGGACACCUUCCCGGUAUAACGGCAAGUACACCUCGCACAAGACAGGAAAGGCUCUCGGCUGCCUUCACGAUAGCAUGUGCGGGGUUUGCGUUGAUCUCAGACGGCUAUCAAAAUAAUGUUAUGACAUUGCUCAAUGUAGUCUACAAGCGCAUCUAUCCAACAGUCUACACCAGCAGCGUCUCGACACGCGUCUCUAACUCGCUGCUCGUGGGCGCAAUCCUAGGACAAGUCAUUGUUGGUGUCGUAUGCGAUAGAGUCGGUAGAAAGGCAGCCAUCAUCGGCGCAACGCUCUGCAUCGUCAUCGGUGCGGCUCUAUCGACUGCGGCUCAUGGUGCCAAUGGCUCAGCAGAGGGGCUUUUCUGGUUUCUGACUUUCAGUCGAGGCUUGACGGGUAUCGGUGUCGGUGCCGAGUAUCCUGCCUCGUCGACAUCUGCUGCCGAAGCUGCGAACGAGUCUAUGCUCUCGCAGAGAGGACCUAUCUUCAUUCUCGUGACCAAUCUGCCCCUCUCGUUCGGCGGUCCUUUGGCAGUGUCCAUAUUCCUCAUCGUCUAUUCGUGCACGAGUAUUUUGGAGACCCUGUGGAGAGUCAUCUUUGGAAUUGGCAUUCUCUUUCCUCUCGUCGUUUUCUACUUUCGUCUCAAAAUGUUACAUUCCAAGCUAUAUCGGACCAGCGCGAUCAAGCGGAGAGUGCCCUAUAUGCUCAGUCUCAAGCGAUACUGGAGACGACUGAUUGGCACAGCCGGCUGUUGGUUCCUGUACGACUUUGUUACUUUCCCGAAUGGCGUAUUCAGCUCGACAAUCAUUGCUUCCGUGGUCAAAGAUGCUUCGCUGAAAAGGACAGCCGAAUGGCAGCUACUCCUCGGGUCCCUGGCCCUACCUGGCGUAUUCCUGGGUGCAUACUUAUGCAACAAAUUGGGAAGGAAGUACACGAUGAUAUUAGGAUUCUCUGGGUACCUCAUCUUCGGUCUCAUCAUCGGCUGCUCUUUCGACAGGAUCAUCAAGAUUGUUCCACUCUUUGUGAUUUUCUAUGGCCUCCUGCAGUCAAGUGGAAACGCCGGCCCUGGUGACAUGCUGGGGCUUGUCUCCAGUGAAUUGUAUCCCACGCCGAUCCGCGGAACAGCUUAUGGCAAGUCGAGUCUGUCUGCCUGCAUCGGAAAGACUGGAGCUGCAGUGGGAACGCAAGUCUUCACGCCCAUCCAGAAUCACUGGGGCAAGAGAUGGACGUUUAUCGUCGCCGCCAUUGUCGGCAUCCUUGGUGUUCUUAACGCUUACAUUUUCCUGCCAAAUGUCGGAGGUGAAGAUCUGGCAAAGGAGGACGAAGCUUUCGCGGAAUAUCUCGCUGCCAACGGAUGGACAGGGGAGGUGGGCGAGGACGAUGGCAAGAAUCUGAUAGGUGCGAAGGAGGAAGUCGUGAGAGCUUGA